AUGGGCGGGAGGCUGGCCCUGCAGCAGGAGACCCAAGGCCUGAACCCGAUGGCCUGUAGCCCGGGAGAAGGCUCCAGCUUUGCAGCUCCCCAGGCAGCCCACGCCUUCCCCUGCCCCCAGGAAACCCACCGGCUCUACCGCCUGAAGCUGGAGGAGCUGACCAAACUGCAGAGCAACUGUACCAGUUCCAUCACUCGGCAGAAGAAGCAGCUCCAGGAGCUGGCCCUCGUCCUGAAGAAAUGCAAAGCCUCCCUCCCAGCAGAGGCCGAGGAGGCCGCGCAGGAGCUCGAGAACCAGAUGAAAGAGCGCCAGGGCCUCUUCUUCGACAUGGAGGCCUAUUUGCCCAAGAAGAACGGGCUGUACCUGAGCCUGGUUCUGGGGAACGUCAACGUGACACUCCUAAGCAAGCAGGCCAAGUUUGCCUACAAAGACGAGUAUGAGAAGUUCAAGCUCUACCUCACCAUCAUCCUCAUCCUCAUCUCCUUCACCUGCCGCUUCCUGCUCAACUCCAGGGUGACAGAUGCUGCCUUCAACUUCCUGCUGGUCUGGUAUUACUGCACCCUGACCAUCCGUGAGAGCAUCCUCAUCAACAACGGCUCCCGGAUCAAAGGCUGGUGGGUUUUCCACCACUACGUGUCCACGUUCCUGUCGGGAGUCAUGCUGACCUGGCCCGACGGUCUCAUGUACCAGAAGUUCCGGAACCAAUUCCUGUCCUUCUCCAUGUACCAGAGCUUCGUGCAGUUCCUGCAGUAUUACUACCAGAGCGGCUGCCUCUACCGCCUGCGGGCUUUGGGGGAGAGGCACACCAUGGACCUCACUGUGGAGGGCUUCCAGUCCUGGAUGUGGCGGGGCCUCACCUUCCUGCUGCCUUUUCUCUUUUUUGGACACUUCUGGCAGCUUUUUAACGCGCUGACGCUGUUCAGCCUGGCCCGGGACCCUCAGUGCAAGGAGUGGCAGGUGCUCAUGUGUGGCUUCCCCUUCCUCCUCCUCUUCCUCGGCAAUUUCUUCACCACCCUGCGGGUCGUGCACCAGAAAUUCCACAGCCAGCGGCAUGGGAGCAAGAAAGAAUGAGGCUGGGCCUUGCGCUGCCGGCCCCAAAGGGGCUUCUGCCUCCUGUGUGUCGCGGGAGUGGACCGGAGGCGCCCCUCACGGGUGCUUGUGGGGGGGUCUCUUCUGCUCUCUGGGUUUUGUGGGCUCUGUGGGCCCUGAAAGAAGACCUGGGUCUGUGUCCCAGCCCGCAAGGAGCUGGGCUCAGAGGCGUCAAUAAAGGAAGAGAGACAGAGGCGGCUUGAGA